AAGACGAAGACGGUGGGCGCGUCCAGGAACUUCGUGCAGCGCUACAUCCACAUCACGGACGAGUGCCGCGUGUGCGAGCAGGUCAAGACGGAGGAGGCCACGCGCUGCGAGCUGCGCUGCGCCACGUGCUCCAUGACGGUGCACAAGAAGUGCUACGGACUGAAGGGCGACCUGCCCGACGGGGACUGGAACUGCCGUCGCUGCCAGUUCAUCUACGACGAGACGGCGUGGGAGGACAUCAGCAGCCUCGUGGGCGUGGCCGCGCCUGAGGGCGUGACGUUCCCCAAGUGCACGCCGCUGGACGAUACGCAGAGGCUGCACAAGCUGCACACGGACUGCGAGUUUGCGGCCGUGUUCUUGUUUUUGCAACGCUUCCGCCGACUCGGACUGAAACUCUCGAAUGUUGUGACGACCCUGGAGAGCUUGGCGAACACGUUGCUGGAACCGAAGGAGGACGGCUUGUGCGAGGAACUUCACACCCGACUGCUGGCGAACAUCAAUGUUCCCAUGUCCAAAAAAUACCCUUGGUACGUUCACCUGCUGCGCUUCCUGCGCGAAGCAGAGUACCCGCCAGCUAUCGCAGAAGACACGAAGUUUCCGGCUAGCAGCAGCGAGGCGGAGAAGCGCGAAGAGUUCUACUUCGACCUCUCAGUGGCGGAGCGAGUGGCGAUAUUGAAGUUUCUCUGUGAAACUCAAUUUGAUCGCAAUGAUGCGCUUGUUGAGCAGAUUGACGACGAAGAAGCAGAAUCUAUGAGAAAUGAACCUAUCGGCACGGAUGCCGCGGGUCGCUCCUACUUCAUCCUGGAGGAUGCUGCGACUGUGCCCAACGCAGCAGUGUGGGUGUGUCGGUGCGCGAAGGUUGGCGGUACGGACUGGGAGACGGUCUGCAACGACCUCGAGUCGGCAGAAUCGCUGGUGCAGGAAUUGUCACUAUCCAUCGAAUCGCCGGAUCUACAAUUGUGGCAAGCUUUGUCUCGUGGUGCUCUGAAGAAGCUAACCCGCCAGCAGGCGAAGCGGAGACGCAACGAGCGUUGGAAAUUCCAACUUGCUACCAGCGGCGUGCUGGACUCGUCCGAAGGUAUCGGCAGGCGCUCUCUGCGCAACCGGCGACAAGUAAAUUACGCGAAUAUUGAUGUUGAGGAGGAG